AUGCAGAGUCCAACACUGACUCGGAUCUCCCCAAACUCUGUGGUCUCACCUGGAGAAGUCCUGCAGUUCACAUGUACCACACCCAGUCCAUCAUGCAUCUCUGUAGACUUCAGUUUGUAUAAAACUGGGACAUUGAUAAAGAAACAAACUGCAGAGACUACAACAACAUUUUCUCUGACUGUAGAUGCCUCACAUCAGGGUCAGUACACCUGUGACUACUCAUACAGGGAAAGUGACUCCACAUCAUCCUGGAGCAACUCCAUUACCAUCACUGUGGUGAACUUGCAGCAGCCCAAUAUCUCCUUCAGUGCUGCUGAUGGAUGGUACCACUACGGGCCUGAAAGAACAGAAAUGAUCAGGGGCUAUGGCUUCUCCAUCAUCUGCUCCACUGAACCUCAAUAUACAGGAGGUUCUUUCCACUUGGGGUUUAGUGGAUCCAACAUCUCCAGAACUCAGUCAGCUGUUAACCACUCGGCUGUCUUCCUUUUUCCUGAAGCAGAUUUUGAUCAUCAGCGAAACUACAGCUGUACUUAUGAAGUUAAAGUGUCUUCACGUACCUUUACCUCCACUACCACUGAACCCCUUUUUGUUGCUGUUAAAGUCCGAGAGAUCAGGCUGGUGAAUGGUCCGAGUAAAUGUUGUGGUCGAGUGGAGAUCCAGCACAGAGCCCAGUGGGGAACAGUGUGUGAUGAUAACUGGGACUUAAAGGAUGCAGAGGUGGUGUGUAGGCAGCUUGGAUGUAGUAACGUCACCAGCGCUCCUCGAAAGUCCCACUUUGGUCAGGGAAGUGAACCAACCUGGCUGAGUAAUGUUCAGUGUAAUGGAACUGAGAGCUACAUAGAUCAGUGUUCACACAGUGGAUUUGGAGUAGAGAACUGUGGACAUGAUGAAGAUGCUGGUGUUGUUUGCUCAAACAUGCAGAGUCCAACACUGACUCGGAUCUCCCCAAACUCUGUGGUCUCACCUGGAGAAGUCCUGCAGUUCACAUGUUCCACACCCAGUCCAUCAUGCAUCUCUGUAGACUUCAGUUUGUAUAAAACUGGGACAUUGAUAAAGAAACAAACUGCAGAGACUACAACAACAUUUACUCUGACUGUAGAUGCCUCACAUCAGGGUCAGUACACCUGUGACUACUCAUACAGGGAAAGUGACUCCACAUCAUCCUGGAGCAACUUCAUUAACAUCACUGUGGUGAACUUGCAGCAGCCCAAUAUCUCCUUCAGUGCUGCUGAUGAAUGGUACCACUACGGGCCUGAAAGACCAGAAAUGAUCAGGGGCUAUGGCUUCUCCAUCAUCUGCUCCACUGAAACUCAGUAUCCCGAUGGGUCUUUCUAUUUGGGCUUCAGUGGAUCCAACAUCACCAGAACUCAGUCAGCUGUUAACCACUCGGCUGUCUUCCUUUUUCUUGAAGCAGAUUUUGAUCAUCAGGGAAACUACAGCUGUACUUAUGAAGUUAAAGUGUCUUCACGUACCUUUACCUCCACUACCACUGAACCCCUUUUUGUUGCUGUUAAAGUCCGAGAGAUCAGGCUGGUGAAUGGUCCGAGUAAAUGUUGUGGUCGAGUGGAGAUCCAGCACAGAGCCCAGUGGGGAACAGUGUGUGAUGAUAACUGGGACUUAAAGGAUGCAGAGGUGGUGUGUAGACAGCUUGGAUGUGGUAACGUCACCGGCGCUCCUCGAAAGUCCCACUUUGGUCAGGGAAGCGAACCAACCUGGCUGAGUAAUGUUCAGUGUAAUGGAACUGAGAGCUACAUAGAUCAGUGUUCACACAGUGGAUUUGGAGUAAAGAACUGUGGACAUUAUGAAGAUGCAGGUGUCAUGUGCUCAAACAUGCAGAGUCCAACACUGACUCAGAUCUCCUCAAACUCUGUGGUCUCACCUGGAGAAGUCCUGCAGUUCACAUGUUCCACACCCAGUCCAUCAUGCAUCUCUGUAGACUUCAGUUUGUAUAAAACUGGGACAUUGAUAAAGAAACAAACUGCAGAGACUACAACAACAUUUACUCUGACUGUAGAUGCCUCACAUCAGGGUCAGUACACCUGUGACUACUCAUACAGGGAAAGUGACUCCACAUCAUCCUGGAGCAACUUCAUUAACAUCACUGUGGUGAACUUGCAGCAGCCCAAUAUCUCCUUCAUUGCUGCUGAUGGAUGGUACCACUACGGGCCUGAAAGACCAGAAAUGAUCAGGGGCUAUGGCUUCUCCAUCAUCUGCUCCACUGAACCUCAGUAUACAGGAGGUUCCUUCCACUUGGGCUUCAGUGAAUCCAACAUCUCCAGAACUCAGUCAGCUGUUAACCACUCGGCUGUCUUCCUUUUUCCUGAAGCAGAUUUUGAUCAUCAGGGAAACUACAGCUGUACUUAUGAAGUUAAAGUGUCUUCACGUACCUUUACCUCCACUACCACAGAACCCCUUUUUGUUGCUGUUAAAGGCCGAGAGAUCAGGCUGGUGAAUGGUCCGAGUAAAUGUUGUGGUCGAGUGGAGAUCCAGCACAGAGCCCAGUGGGGAACAGUGUGUGAUGAUAACUGGGACUUAAAGGAUGCAGAGGUGGUGUGUAGACAGCUUGGAUGUGGUAAAGCCAUCAGCGCUCCUCAAAAGUCCCACUUUGGUCAGGGAAGUGAACCAACCUGGCUGGGUAAUGUUCAGUGUAAAGGAACUGAGAGCUACAUAGAUCACUGUUCACACAGUGGAUUUGGAGUAAAGAACUGUGGACAUGAUGAACAUGCUGGAGUCGUUUGCUCAAACAUGCAGAGUCCAACACUGACUCGGAUCUCCCCAAACUCUGUGGUCUCACCUGAAGAAGUCCUGCAGUUCACAUGUUCCACACCCAGUCCAUCAUGCAUCUCUGUAGACUUCAGUUUGUAUAAAACUGGGACAUUGAUACAGAACCAAACUGCAGAGAAUACAACAACAUUUACUCUUACUGUAGAUGCCUCACAUCAGGGUCAGUACACUUGUGACUACUCAUACAAGGAAAGCAACUCUACAUCAUACAGGAGCAACUUUGUUACCAUCACUGUGGUGAACUUGCAGCAGCCCAAUGUCUCCUUCAGUGCUGCUGAUGGAUGGUACCACUACGGACCUGAAGGACCAGAAAUGAUCAGGAGCUAUGGCUUCUCCAUCAUCUGCUCCACUGAACCUCAGUAUACAGGAGGUUCCUUCCACUUGGGCUUCAGUGAAUCCAACAUCACCAGAACUCAGUCAGCUGUUAACCACUCGGCUGUCUUCCUUUUUCCUGAAGCAGAAUUUGAUCAUCAGGGAAACUACAGCUGUACUUAUGAAGUUAAAGUGUCUUCACGUACCUUUACCUCCACUACCACAGAACCCCUUAUAGUCACUGUUAAAGAUGGCGCUAACAUACGACUCACUGGUGGCAAUGACUCCUGCUCUGGUAGAGUGGAGAUCCUGUAUAAUGACGAGUGGGGAACAGUGUCUGAUGACGACUGGAACCUGAAUGAUGCAGAGGUGGUGUGUAGACAGAUUGGAUGUGGUAAAGCUGUCACUGCUCAUCAGGAUGUCCACUUUGCUCAGGAAAGUGUCCCAGUAUGGCUGGAUGAUGUUCAAUGUUCUGGAAGGGAAAGCACCAUCACACAGUGCACUCACAGAGGAUUUGGAUCACACAACUGCAGUCAUGGUGAAGAUGCUGGUGUCACUUGCUCAGGCCGAGAGAUCAGGCUGGUGAAUGGUCCGAGUAAAUGUUGUGGUCGAGUGGAGAUCCAGCACAGAGCCCAGUGGGGAACAGUGUGUGAUGAUAACUGGGACUUACAGGAUGCAGAGGUGGUGUGUAGACAGCUUGGAUGUGGUAAAGCCGUCAGCACUCCUCGAAAGUCCCACUUUGGUCAGGGAAGUGAACCAACCUGGCUGAGUAAUGUUCAGUGUAAUGGAACUGAGAGCUACAUAGAUCACUGUUCACACAGUAGAUUUGGAGUAAAGAACUGUGGACAUCAUGCAGAUGCAGGUGUCAUUUGCUCAAACAUGCAGAGUCCAACACUGACUCGGAUCUCCCCAAACUCUGUGGUCUCACCUGAAGAAGUCCUGAAGUUCACAUGUUCCACACCUAGUCCAUCAUGCAUCUCUGUAGACUUCAGUUUGUAUAAAACUGGGACAUUGAUAAAGAAACAAACUGCAGAGACUACAACAACAUUUACUCUGACUGUAGAUGCCUCACAUCGGGGUCAGUACACCUGUGACUACUCAUACAAGGAAAGUGACUCCACAUCAUCCAGGAGCAACUCCAUUACCAUCACUGUGGUGAACUUGCAGCAGCUCAAUAUCUCCUUCAUUGCUGCUUAUGGAUGGUCCCACUAUGGGCCUGGAGGAUCAGAAGUGAUAAAAGGCUAUGGAUUCUCCAUCAUCUGCUCCACAGAAGCUCAGUAUCCCGGAGGGUUCUUCCACUUGGGCUUCAGUGGAUCCAACAUCUCCAGAACUCAGUCAGCUGUUAACCACUCGGCUGUCUUCAUUUUUCCUGAAGCAGAUUUUGAUCAUCAGGGAAACUACAGCUGUACUUAUGAAGUUAAAGUGUCUUCACGUACCUUUACCUCCAAUACCACUGAAAACCUGCUCAUCUCUAUCAAAGUAUCUAUAUCUCCGUUCAUUGGUUUCGGAGUGACAGCACUAUUGCUUCUCCUUUUGCUGCCUGUCAUCAUUUGGGUUGUGAAGAAAAGGAAAAGACCAAAAUAUCAGAUGGAUAAAAAGAAUAUGCAGUAUGCUGAGAACACAAGCAAAGAGUUCAAGUCCGGUAUCAAACCUUAUCAGGAAUUUGCAGAAGCCGUUUUCCACCAGAAGGAAAGUAAACUUUGAGGGUGAAGCAGUUUAUGCAAAAUGUUUUAUCUUAGAUGAACUUCUUCCAUCCACAAAUAAUUAGAUUAAAUAAGAUUAAAUGUAAUAUUUUUCAAUAAUCUAAAUAAUGAUCUGUAGAAUAGGAGCAGAGUUUAAAAUGGUUACGUCUAAUAAAUACAUGUAUAAGUUUGUUUAUUUCUUGUAUGUACAAUAAAAUACUGUAGGUGCUA